ACAACUAAUAAUAUUGUAGUUAAAGUUAGUUUUAUUAAAAUUAGCAUUAUUAAAGACAUUAUUAGAGUUGUCAAUACUAGGGAUAUUAAAGUUGCUUUUACUAAAAACAUUGUUGAUAUUAGCUUUAACU